GGCACUGGUAGUGUGUCCGUGGCUGUGGGGCCGAGAGGUUAUACACGCUACCCGCCGCUCAGGUUCUUGUUGCCACCCUCUCCUUCCAGCCCAUACUACCACUACUACCAAAAACUGCUACUACUACCACUACACUCACACUACUAACACCACCUCCGGGCCAUGCCUACCACCCAUCACAUGGUUUACGGCUGGUCUGUGCACAUCCCACACGAACUGCUAUGCCUCUGAUAACACUGUCCUGGUAGGGAUGAGAGCGGCCGACUGUGCUUACUGAAUUGGCGGUGAAAGGUGCUAAGGUUACCGAUAGUUGUCGCGGCAGUCACAGAGGACAAGCGUUUCCCCGUAUAACAACGAAUUAUUGCCAAUUAAAACCAACCUGUCUUAAUUAAUUGUAUGAUUUUGCAGUGAUCAGUGUAUAGUAGUGAAUCAUUAGGCAUUUGUAUUUUAGAAAAGGGCUUUUGUCGGCAGUUGAAAAAGUCGAAUAGCCGAACACCGAGCUACUGAAGCAGGUGUAGCGUAACCCUGGUACAAGUGCUGUGGCUGUGCUGACUGACCUGACGUGUCCCGACCGAGGCGCAGGCAAGUCCCAUCCGUCAGACAUCGAAUCAGGAUCCCACGGAAACAGACUUAAAUCCCACCGACGAUGGAGUGCGGGGCGGUGCUACGUCUGCUGGGCAGGGGCAGGGCGGUCAAAGUGCCGCUCUGCUCCCUCACCCUCACCCCGGCUAUGGCCAGGCUCCCCAACGCCUUCUCUCAGGUGACCCCCGUCAGUGCCGCCCUGCCGUGUGCCUCCCGCAGCAGAAGAUGGUGCUCCUCAGCCCCUGCCGACACCUCGUCACAACCAGGGGUGACCAUGACAGUGUGUAAUGGACUGCCCCAGUUGACCGUGCCACUGCCCUCUCGCCGUGACCUGUGCCGGUUCACCCUGAGGCCUGUGACUCACACCGUGCAGGACCUGAUCAACCAGCUCACCCACGAAGACCAUGGGAUUGAUCGCAUUGUGCUCAGAACCACAGGUGGAGUGAGAAUCUCCUCUUCAGAUAGCAUCGAAUCCCUGCUAAUGAGUGACUUUGAACUUGUUAUCAACGACACAUCAUAUCGAGUCGAAGUACCCACUGGUCAGAAACUCACAUUGAUGCAAAACCAUGCCAUCUUACAGGAAGAAAUAAGUGAUAUGGGAGACGUCCGUCAGCUAGUAAACAAGCUCUACAUGGCCCUCAACAUAGACCAGCAUCAGGUGAUGAAGGAGCGGGACAUUGUUGCUCAGAUUGAAGAACUGAAGGCUCAGCUGGCACCAUUGGAGAAGAAACGUGAGGAUUUGGUGACAGCCGCUGAGCGUCGCACUAGCAUCUUGACAUGGGCUGGACUUGGAUACAUGGCUCUCCAGUUUGGUUUCCUAGCCAGACUGACCUGGUGGGAAUACUCAUGGGAUAUCAUGGAGCCUGUGACAUACUUUGUGACAUAUGGCACAGCAAUAGGAGCUUAUGCCUACUAUGUUGUAACAAAACAGGACUUUGUGCUCCCUGAUGUCCGUGACCGUCAGUUCCUACUGAGCUUCCACAAGAAGGCCAAGAAGUUGGGAAUGAACGUUUCCCAAUAUAACGACCUCAAAAACCAGUUGGCCGAGUUGGAGUCAGACUUGCGAAGGCUCCGUGACCCCUUGGCUCUCAACCUACCUCACUCUGCCCUUAAGACUCCCCCAACUGCACAAGCCCCUCUUGCAAAGGCACAAAAGCACAUCAAAAAUUUGUUGGGACUUAAGGAUGAAAAGAAAUAGCUUUAACAAACAAAAUGUCUAGGAAAAUCAAUGAAAACUUUUUUUGUAGGUCGUAGAUUAAAAACAGGUAUACUUUUAACUACAAGAUGUCAUAAUGCACAAAGUUGCUCAGUUAAUUCUUAGCAACAUUCAACAAAUAGUAAAGAAUUAGAUGACAGUUAUCCAUCUGUAUUUUGCUAUGGCAAGUCAGUGGAGACAGUAAGUAAUGGGAAAACAUAGUGGAAAGAUCUUGUAUGGGAACUGCCAACUACAAUUAAAGGACUUGUUUGGAAACAGUUAUGUACAGAAUAUUUUUCAUUAUCAUAUUAGGAGCCUGGGUGUAUUAUUUCAGAAAAAAAAUUACUCUCUGAACUAAUCUUGUGGUAUGAUUAUAUAGAUCAGAUGAAAACAAGAACAUUUGUAUUAAAUUUAAUUUGUAUAUAUAUAUAU